CCACGAUUUGAUUAAGGCACAGUUCGAUCGAUUGUCCAGUGUUGUAAACAACUGUCUCCUUUUAGUGACCAACAAGCAAAAAUGGCUUUCAAGUUUGUGACUUUCUGCGCCCUGGUGGCCGUUGCCCGUGCUGGACUCAUCGCUUCCCCAGCUGUGUCCUAUGGCGCUGCUCCAGCCCUGGCCUACGCUGCCCCAGUUCAGCAGCUGGCCUAUGCCGCACCUCUGGCCAAGACUGUCGUGGCCAAGCAGGUCAUCGCCGAUGAGUACGACCCCAACCCACAGUACUCUUUCUCGUACGGAAUCUCCGAUGCCCUGACCGGGGACCAGAAGUCCCAGCAGGAAUCCCGCCAAGGAGAUGUCGUCCAGGGAUCUUACUCCGUCGUUGACCCUGAUGGUGUCAAGCGUACCGUUGAGUACACUGCUGAUCCCCACAACGGAUUCAACGCCGUCGUCCACCGUGAGCCUCUGGUUCACAAGGCUGUCGUUGCCGCCCCAGUUGCCAAGACUGUGAUCGCCCAGCCAGCUUAUGCCUCGUACGCUGCUCCUUUGGCCACCAAGACCAUCGUCUCUCAGCCAGCUUAUGCUUCCUAUGCUGCCCCAGCUGUGACCAAGACCAUUGUGUCCCAGCCAGCUUACGCCUCAUAUGCUGCCCCAGCCACUUACGCUUACCACCACUAAGACAAUCGAUAAGCUGUCAACACCAAAUCUGUGAACUACCUGAAUCAAUCCUAGGCUUUAGUCACUGUUAUCCAUCUGUAAAUAUGAAACAAAAAAUUCUCAUCUAACUCUAA